CUUUCUCCUUAGGAUUGGGGCUCUCCUCUUUUCAAAUGCUGUUUUCCAGUCCUCAAGGGAGGAAAUACUUAAUGACGAAUACAAUGGGAAAAGGCUUUGCUACGGGAAGAUAUCAUUAUAUCCUGAGUGGGAUUAGAGGAGGUUGGGAGGCAGGACUAAAGGUGUGUUUACAGUAAGCACUCUGAGAAAUAACUGGCUAAAAGUGUUUGUUACUGUUCGGGCUUUUGAUGUGUUUUUACAGAGCAGAAGGAGCAUAAAGGGCUUUAAGUUAGAACACAAUUUGCCAAUCCUUAAAUUUGAUGCUAAAGCACAUACAGUUUAUUCUUGUUACCUUUGAAACGUGUCUAAUUUGGUUUUUUAAAGAUUCUAUUUCGCAGAAGAAAACCUCGUGCUUCCCCGGAGGUCCAAGGAGGACUUGACACAUCUUCUAACCACAAGAGAGCAGUCUUCCCUUUGAAGAGCGCUUCUUCUCCACCUCCCGAGAAAUGAAAGAGCCGGGGUAUGUUUGCAAACACUCUGAAAGCUCUUUCCAUCAGACCUGAACGCCGGAAACCACAAAGGGCAGUCAAGUUUGGAUUUUCAAGAAGAACGCCGGAGUAAACUUUCGCUCUGCCGGCCAGCCGAUCCGGUCAGUGCCUUGGGAGGGUCUCUGCUCAAUUCCUGAACAAGUUCGGGCUCCCUGAUAGCCACACUUGCAGACCCAGGAGUGAAUUACAGCAAUUGGACAGCUUUGAAAGAGUAAUUUGUUCGGAGUGCGAUCGCCUAUUCAGGCUGGGACCCUUUGUUAACUCUUGAACUAAGAUCAGAGGAGGCACAUGGAUACAAACGUGGAUAAGGCUCGUCCUUUAUCUUUGCCCCUUCUUCUCUGAAGCUUUAUAAAGUCCGGAGGAGAGCAACGAGCUUCGGAAACCAUGCAAAGUCCCCUCCAAGUGUGCUCAGGUACCUAGCUUCUGGACCUAGAAACUUCUCCAAAGACAGACCGGGAAGCCUGGAUGGACCAGCAUCCCGGCUACGACAGCUUCCAGUCUGGUCUUCAAGGUGAGUCAACUGCGUGCUUUUCCGCAAGGAAUGGAAAAAUGCAAAUCGGCUGGACUGCUUGCCCUGCAUUCCCCGCUACGAGCCUCGCCGCUGGGCGCGCUGGCCCGGAGGGAGCCCUGCAGGGUCUCCGCGCGCCAGGAUACCGCGGACUGCGCGCGAAGACGGCCGUGCCCGUCCCUGCCGCCCGGGGGCGUCGCCGAGCCCGCCUUUCUGCGCCAACGCAACGAGCGCGAGCGGCAGCGCGUGCGCUGUGUGAACGAGGGCUAUGCGCGCCUCCGCCAGCACCUGCCGCGCGAGCUGGCUGGCCAGAGGCUCAGCAAGGUGGAGACGCUGCGCGCCGCCAUCGGCUACAUCAAGCAACUGCAAGAGCUGCUGGAGCGUCACAGGCCGGACCUCAACAGCGAUGGCGAGUCCAAAGCGUCCUCCGGAGCCUCGCCCUGCAGCAGCGAGCCUGAGGAGCGUGGCUAGCAGCGCCCUUGCCCACCAGGCUUUCAUGGUUGCUUCUCUGGGCUGAGUUCUUAAAAGCAAAAACAAGCAAACAAAUAAUUAAGUGCUUCUGGAUCUAGAAAAGAAAGGUAAUUUAAUGUUUAGAGGGUUUGGGGAUUUUUUUUCCCCUUCCACCUUCAUUGGCUCAGAGCUUUCAGCUUACAAAUGUUUAAGGAAACUCAUUUCUUGUAUAUCAGAAGCACAGAAGGACCAUCUCAAAUCUAUGCGGUGAUUUUAAAAACACAAAGGGCUGUAAGGAACCUUUGCCAGAGAAGAAACACACACACACACACACACACACACACACACACACACACACACACACACACCAGUCCUUCAUGUGAGAGGAACGUUCUCAUCCCUUUCCUUUGGGAAAUGCACUGGAAAUCUUAUCAACACUUCACUGAAGGUGAAGGUGGCUGAGAUGACACUCUAUAAGACAUUUGUGGAGCAUCUGCUGGACCCGAACACCGGCCUGAAUCGCCGUGCUAAAAAGGACAAUGCUUGACACAUACUGGUUUGUCCGCAAGAGGUCGAUUGGGAACUUUGGCAGGUAAUGAAGCGUCGCGAUAUUAAUGAUCUUUUUGGAGAUCUGAAUGGCCAUCUCCUCUCCCAGUUUCUGCCCACUGUUUCCCUGGCCCUUUUCUCUGUAUGUUCCCCUGUCCCGUUCUCAUACCGUCUAACCUUUGGUUGGAAAAAAUAAAAAAGCAAAUAUGCUU